AUUAAUUUUCAAUUUCAAUCAAUCUCCAUAACUUUAAAGAAAGCUUGAGAGUUUGAUAACAAAGAGAUCAAUCUGGCUACGGUGAUUCAUUCAUUUAAACAAAUACAGAAAGAAAAUCACGCAGUUUCUUUAGGUGAAGAACGAACAUUUAAGCCAAUAUGGCUGGUGGAUCAUUUACAGGGUCUACAAGUGAUGUCGAGUUUGAGGCUAAGAUCACAUUUGCUGUCAUAAUCUCUUGCAUUAUGGCAGCCACUGGUGGUCUUAUGUUUGGUUAUGAUAUUGGUAUUUCAGGGGGUGUGACAUCAAUGCCUAGUUUCUUGCAUGAGUUUUUCCCAGAUAUAUACAAAAGGACACAAGAAGAACAUGUGGUUGAAAGCAACUAUUGCAAGUAUGACAAUCAAAAGCUUCAAUUGUUCACAUCCUCUCUUUACCUUGCUGCCUUGGUAGCUUCCAUGGUUGCAUCCCCUGUAACCAGAAAACUUGGACGCAAACAAACUAUGUUGUUUGCUGGACUUGUUUUCAUUGUUGGCACUGCCUUAAGUGCCUUAGCGCGCACCCUCGCCCUCCUCAUUUGUGGAAGAAUCUUACUUGGUUGUGGUGUUGGUUUCGCCAAUCAGGCUGUGCCAGUGUUUCUAUCUGAGAUUGCACCAACCAGAAUUCGUGGAGCACUUAACAUUAUGUUCCAGCUGAACAUUACCAUAGGAAUUUUCAUAGCAAAUCUUGUUAACUGGUUUACAUCAAAAAUGGAAGGUGGAUAUGGGUGGAGAGUAUCAUUGGCUGGAGCAAUCAUUCCAGCUGUUUUGCUUACAGUGGGAUCUCUCAUAGUGGAUGAUACUCCCAACAGUCUCAUUGAAAGAGGUUUUGAGGAACAAGGAAAAGCUGUUCUAAGAAAGAUUCGCGGUGUCGAAAAUGUUGAGCCUGAAUUUCAAGAUAUUCUUAAAGCUAGUAAAGUCGCUGUUGAAGUCAAGAGUCCAUUCAGGGACCUUGCUAAGCCCCACAACCGUCCUCCAUUGAUCAUCGCCCUCUGCAUGCAGCUCUUCCAACAAUUCACCGGCAUCAAUGCAAUCAUGUUCUACGCGCCAGUGUUGUUCAACACAUUGGGUUUCAAGAGUGAUGCUUCACUAUACUCAUCAGUGAUCACAGGAGGUGUGAAUGUACUAUGCACCUUAGUGUCUGUCUAUUCAGUGGACAAAGUUGGAAGAAGAGUGUUACUAUUGGAAGCAUGUGUACAAAUGUUUGUGUCACAAGUUGUAAUUGGCAUAGUACUUGGAAUGAAACUACAAGAUCAUACAGAUGAUUUAAGCACAGGUUAUGCCAUGUUAGUUGUGGUUAUGGUAUGCACAUUUGUUGCAUCUUUUGCUUGGUCAUGGGGUCCACUUGGUUGGUUAAUUCCUAGUGAGACAUUUCCAUUAGAGACAAGAUCAGCUGGACAAAGUGUGACAGUGUUCACAAACAUGUUGUUCACUUUUGUUAUCGCUCAAGCUUUCUUAUCCAUGUUGUGUUUAUUUAAGUUUGGAAUAUUCCUAUUUUUCUCAGCUUGGGUUUUUGUUAUGGGUAUUUUCACUGUGUUUUUGAUUCCAGAGACAAAGAAUGUACCUAUUGAAGACAUGGCUGAGAAAGUGUGGAAACAACAUUGGUUCUGGAAGAGAUAUAUGUAUUGAAAUACAUUAAAGGCCUCUUUAUAUGCAUGGAAGUGGAAGCAUGUUCUAAAAUUAUGUAAUGUUACUCAAAUAAACAUGUAUCAUAUUUUUUCAUAUUUUAUCCUCUUCCAUGUACAUCUUUAUUCUUUAUACUUUCUUGGUAUAUAGAAUUAUGAAAUAAAAUUUCUCUGUACGUUGAUAAUAUUUUUA